AUCAAUUAAUUGAGAAUGGCAAGUAUGGGAACUCCUCCAAGGUCAGUGGAUCCUCUUGUUGUAGGAAAAGUGAUCGGAGAUGUUAUUGACAUGUCUGUUCCAGUGGUUGAGUUUACUGUCGAGUAUGGUUCAAAACAAAUACCAAAUGGAGUAGAAAUAAAACCGGAUGCAGCUGCACAAAAGCCUAGAGUCCAUAUAAAGGGUUCUCGUGAUUCUAAUAAUCUUUACACCCUUGUAAUGGCUGAUCCAGAUGCUCCUAGUCCCAGUGAACCGACUUUUAGAGAAUUGCUCCAUUGGAUUGUCACAGAUAUUCCAGAGUGUGGCGAUGCCUCUGAAGGGAGGGAGGUGCUGGAAUAUAUGGGACCAGCGCCACCAGCAGGGAUACAUCGAUACGUGUUUACUUUGUUUAGGCAGACAGAGGCGGAGCAAGUGCCUCAUAAACCACCAGAAGGGCGUUCCAAAUUCAAGACUCGCCAGUUUGCAAGUGACAAUGGACUUGGUCUUCCUGUGGCUGCCCUUUACUUCAACUCACAUGCUGCAAACAAGAAGCGUUAGCUAGCUAGCCUACCUACUCGAUCAUCACUAGCUCUUUACAAUAAAGAUAUAGAUAUAGGUGUAUAGAUAAAUCACCCUUUAUAUGUGAAUAUAAUAUACCAAUGUAAUCUCUAGCUUAUGCUUGUUAGUUAGUACAGUAAGAACCAAGCAUAUACCAACCAGUAUCUACACUGAGUCAUGUAUAGAUGUGUUUAUGUUAUAUAUUUAUAAGAACACAUACAUGUUGCUGGAUCA